AUGGCCGAAUACAAAAUAUCCUACGAGUCCCAACUGGACGUAUACCACCCCUCCUACCGCUACGAAGCCCAUGACCCGCGCGACUGGCAAUCAGCCGCUGCCCGUGGACCAGCCCUCCCAGCCCUAGGAAAUGCAACCGCCGGUGCAGUCGGCGCAGCCAUCUCGAAUGUGGUCGUCUACCCACUCAAUGUCAUCGUCGCCCGUCUACAGACCCAGAAGCAGAAGGACACCAACUCGAGCGAAAAAUCAGAAGAUAAUAAGAAUACCGACGAAGGAUAUACCAGCGUGGCGGACGCUGCUCGCAAAAUAUACGCGCAGGAAGGCAUCUCCGGGUUCUACCCCGGUCUGGCGCAGGAUACUUGGAAGACCGUCGCGGAUUCGUUCCUUUUCUUCCUUGCAUAUAGUGCCCUUCGCCAGAAGAGGAUAGUCGCACGUGUAGGUGUAGAACGAGCUGCCAAGAGCAAGAAUAUUGUUCUUCCGAUAAUCGACGAACUUGCCGUUGGGAUAUUGGCUGGCUCGUUUGCCAAGCUGUUCACCACACCACUGUCAAAUAUCGUCGCGCGCAAGCAGACGGCUGCGGCGCGCAAGGGCGGGAAUGCGAAGAACCUGUCAACCAGUGACAUCGCAGCUCGCAUCCGCUCUGAGAAGGGUAUCCUAGGCUUUUGGUCUGGAUACUCGGCCACCCUGAUACUGACUUUGAAUCCGUCGCUCACGUUCUUCCUUAAUGAAUUCCUCAAACGGACCUUCCUACCACGCUCGAAGCGCGACAAAUCUCAUCCGGCUUUGACAUUCCUUUUGGCAGCCCUAAGUAAGGUCGCCGCCUCGUCAAUCACAUAUCCAUUCUCCCUCGCGAAAACCAGAGCUCAAGUAAUGAGCUCGAUCUCCAAGCCCAAGUCCGAGUCUGCGGAGAAGACUCGGGCCUCUGUUCUCGCCUCUCUCACCCCCGAAAUACUUUCCACAGUCGCCACCAUCGCCCGCACAGAUGGUAUAUCAGGACUCUACGCCGGUCUCCAGGGUGAAGUGCUAAAAGGCUUCUUCUCGCACGGCUUCACAAUGCUCGUGAAAGACGCCGUGUACGCGUUUAUAAUCAAGAGCUACUACCUCCUGCUGUUGCUGGGACAUCGCUAUCCUUCGCCCGACGAACUUAUCCAGCGUGCCCGCGAACAGGCGGAGGAGUAUUCUGAGAUCGCGCGCGAAGGAGCGCGUGACUUAGCAGAGAGGACAAGGGAAGGUGCCGAGGAGCUGCUGAAGGCUGGUUCUGGCGGUAACGCUGUUGAUAUGACAUCAAACUUCGCGGACGCUGCUGAUGCUGCAAGGAAUGCGGAUAGCGGCAUCGAUGCUUCUUCGGGUCUGAAGGAUUCUUCGGCGAUUUCUGACGAACUCAAUGAGACGGCUGAGCUGGACCUCUCCAAGUCCAAGCAACUCAUCUACCUCGCCCCAGAACACAAUGAAGAAGACAUUGCAUUUUUCCACGAUCUCAUCAACGACCCUAUAAUCCAAACCCUAAGCACCGGCCGUCUCCCGCGCCCAUCUCACAAAAAGUCCGCAAGGGACUUCAUCAGCGGACUCCAAGACCGCAUUCUAGGAGUAGUCAUAUGUCUCCCUGCACAAAAGUCCCGCACAGAAGCAGGAACCGAAACCGACCCCUCGCUUCUUUCCUCGGCCCAAACUCCAGAUGCACCAGUCCAAAAUUCAAACUCCAAGCCAGUCCCAACCGGCCACUUGAGCCUUUCCAGCUUGACCGGACUAGACUACGCGCACCAUCGCAAUGCAGUGAUAGGAAUCUCAACUGCGGACGGGUACCGCGGGAAAGGAUACGGCGGCGAGGCGAUUAACUGGGCUUUGCAUUGGGCUUUUCAGCAUGGUGGUCUGCAUAGGGUUUCUAUAGGCGCGUUUUCGUUCAAUCAUAAUGCUUUGAGGCUUUAUCGGAGGCCUGGAUUUGUGGAUGAAGGUCGUGAGCGGGAGGCUAUUUAUUAUCGGAGGGCGUGGCAUGAUACUGUUGGUUUGUCGAUGCUGGAGCAUGGGUGGGAGGUUUUGAGGAUUGGGGAUAUGGUGCUGGAUCGAGCUGAUCGCGCUUGA